GGGGGAGGCAUUCCCAAGUCCCCAUCUUCCCGAUCUCCAAACAGCCAUACCCCCCAAAAAACCCCGAAAAAGAAAGGAAAAAAAUAGAACCAAGUUAAAGACGCGCCUCCGAUUUCCCAACUCCCCAGUGUUGUCACUUCACCCAGGCAGAUCAAAUCUCAAAAUCUUUGUCGACAGCAGUAGUUCAGGAGUAGAAUAAUCGGAUCCGAUCACCACUGCCCCCAGAGUUCCCAACCACCCAUAAGCUGAAUCGCGCUCCACUUCACUCCCCUCCCCAGUACGCUGCUACCGCUUCGCGUCGCCACCGACGUCGCCGCCGGCGAGCUAGCGGAGCGGGAAGGAGUAGGGGGUUGGCGGCGGCGCGCGCUGGGCCCCCGACGCCGCAGCGGGAGAUGAAGGCCAAGAGCCUCCCCUUCAUCGCCUUCGAGCACAAGCGGGACGCCUAUGGUUUUGCUGUGCGGCCACAACACUUGCAACGGUACAGAGAGUAUGCAAACAUCUACAAGGAGGAGGAAGAGGAGCGGUCUGAUAGAUGGAAGAGCUUUCUGGAUAGGCAAGCUGAGGACGACGAAUCGUCUGGAGAAGAUGCUAAGAUUGCGCCGUCCAUUGAGGAUGAAGGAGCUAUGGGAGAUGCUGGCAGGUCCGACCUUUCAGAUGAGAAGACAGUCAAACAGCAGAGACAACAUAAGGUCCAAACAUGGUCUGAGAUUAGGCCUUCACUGAGCCACAUCGGGGAGAUGAUGAGCUUGCGUGUCAAGAAUAAGCAAUCUUCUGCGCACGAGGAGGAAACAACGGAUGGACUCCACCCUAAAAACACUGAAGAUAGCAAACCCUUAGAGGACUCUGACGAUGAGUUCUAUGAUGUAGAGAAGGUUGAUCCCAGCCUAGAAGGGCCGGUUGCUGACAGUGCCAAUGCUGAUUCAGGCAUGAAUGGAGCUGCAAGUCAAGAAGGGUAUUUUCCUUGGACAGAGGAACUGGAGUGCUUAGUCCGUGGUGGGCUGCCAAUGGCUCUGAGAGGAGAGCUAUGGCAAGCUUUUGUUGGUAUUGGAGCUCGUCGAAUAAAAGGGUACUACGAGAGUCUCCUUGCCAUAGAUGGUGAAAGGGGAGGCAGCAAUAGUUCUGAUUCUCUGACUAUGGAAUGUGGUGACGGAAAACCAAAAGCAUCUCAAACACUUUCAGCUGAAAAGUGGAGAGGACAAAUAGAGAAGGAUUUGCCUAGAACAUUUCCAGGCCAUCCAGCUCUAGAUGAGGAUGGCAGAAAUGCUUUAAGACGCUUGCUGACAGCUUAUGCUAGACAUAAUCCAUCAGUCGGUUACUGCCAGGCAAUGAAUUUUUUUGCUGGUCUGUUACUGCUAUUGAUGUCUGAGGAGAACGCGUUUUGGGCAUUAACAGGCAUUAUGGAUGACUAUUUUGAGGGUUACUUCUCUGAAGAAAUGAUAGAGUCUCAGGUGGAUCAGCUUGUUUUAGAGGAGUUGGUCAGAGAGAAAUUUCCCAAGCUAGUAAAUCACUUGGAUUACCUUGGUGUCCAAGUUGCAUGGGUUGCUGGACCAUGGUUUCUAUCUAUUUACAUGAACAUGCUUCCCUGGGAAACUGUUCUUCGUGUGUGGGAUGUGCUUUUAUUUGAUGGAAAUCGUGUGAUGCUCUUCCGGACAGCCCUUGCACUUAUGGAGUUGUAUGGUCCUGCACUUGUGACAACGAAAGAUGCUGGGGAUGCAGUAACUCUUUUACAGUCUUUAGCUGGUUCCACUUUUGACAGCAGCCAGCUUGUUUUAACAGCUUGCAUGGGAUAUCAAGCUGUAGAUGAAGCAAGGCUGCAAGAUCUGAGAAAUAAGCACCGGCCAUCUGUUUUAUCUUCAAUGGAGAACAGAGCAAAAGAUCUUCUUGCCUGGAGGAACACCAAUGGUCUUGCAUCAAAGCUAUAUAAUUUCAAGCGUGACUCUGAACCAUUGGUGUCAAUAUCAGCAGAACAGUUAAAUGACUCGACAGAUGGGGAUAUGAACCAAGAAAUCAAUUCUGGAAAUGUUGAUGAUACAUAUCAUGGCCUGACAGUCAAUACAGAGAUCGAUUCUUUGCCUGAUCCUAAAGAUCAGGUGAUCUGGCUGAAGGUUGAGCUAUGCCGACUGCUAGAGGAGAGAAGAUCAGCUGUUCUGAGGGCUGAUGAAUUAGAGACGGCACUAAUGGAGAUGGUUAAGCAAGAUAACAGACGUGAAUUAAGUGCAAAGGUCGAGCAGCUGGAACAAGAAUUAUCUGAGCUAAGGCAAUCUCUAUCAGACAAGCAGGAACAAGAAAAUGCAAUGCUUCAGGUCCUGAUGCGUGUAGAGCAAGAACAGAAGGUUACAGAGGAUGCCCGCAUCUUUGCUGAGCAAGAUGCUGCUGCUCAGAAAUAUGCUUCGCACGUGCUCCAGGAAAAGUAUGAGGAAGCUAUGGCUUCUCUCAUGCAAAUGGAGAAUAGAGCAGUCAUGGCAGAAACAAUGUUGGAAGCAACACUUCAAUACCAAUCUAGCCAGCAGAAAGCACAACUACCAUCCCCUUCCCCUUCUCCAAGGACACCAUCUCGAGAUGCAUCACCUGGCCAAGUUAACCAAGAUUCAUCACAGGAAUUCCAGCCUAGAAAAAUAAGUUUGCUUGCCCCAUUUUCUCUCAGUUGGCGUGACAAGAACAAGGGCAAACAGAACAAUGCUGACGAGUUGACAAAUGGCAAGCUUAAUAACAACACCGAGGCAAGUGUUGAGACACCCAAGAAAGACGAUGGAAAUCAGGGGGGCACACCAAAAAGAGGUGAACAAGUUGAGACACCUAACAGAGAUGAACCCGGAUUACAGACAGCCAAGACGGAUGGUGAUCUGCCAACCGCCGAAAUGACCACAAAUAAAAUGAACGGGCAGGAACAAAAUUUAGAAGAAAUAGAACUAAAUUGAUGAUCCUGAGAUCAUCCUUCGGCUGAUUACCUAUGGGGCUAAAUAGUGCCAUGAUUUUGAAAGGGAAGCUGAAGCCACAACAUCGGCUCCAAUUUAUUAUGUGUUGCUGUAUUUAUCUUUCUUCUUUUUCUUCCACGUUUCCAUCUUUUUCUUCUGUCUUCUUUUUUGUGACCACUUUCUUUAGGUUCAUAGGUUUCUUUUCAACCAUAGCUUGAGAGAAGAGAAUAAGUUUUAUUUUUUCUGUUCAUGGCCGCGAUGGGUUGUAAGUUAUGGAUAGAUACAUGGAAAUGUACGACACGAAUGAACACUGUGCAAUUGUUUACAGAGCACUGUCUCUAUUGAUACAUCGGAAGGAAUAUAUGAUCCAUUUAAGCGACGAAACCUUCACAAGAAA